AUGGCCUAUCCCCCGAAGUAUAGGUUGCGCCAAGAUGUGCAGGAGCCAACCAACCAACCAAGCAACAUACGCACUUUCAGGCUUGGCAUCUCUAUGGAACAACAACAGAAGCACAACUCGCUGACCUCGACAGAGGCACCGCCAGUGGCAGAGAGCCCCGGAUCCUUCGUGUGCGGUGCGCCUUGCAACGAAUCCUUCCCGGUUCCGGUGUGCGGAUCCAACGGCCGAGUCUACAACAGUGAAUGCUCAAUGAUGAACGCCAACUGCAGGAAACAGAGACGGAAGCGCGGCUCCACCGAGCCGGUGCAGGUGGUCGAGUGGGAGCGGUGCCGUGGCCGGCACCCGCUGUGCCCCGACAAGUGCCUCGACAUCUACGACCCGGUGUGCGGCAAGGACGGACGCUUCUAUCCGAACCUCUGCAUCAUGCAGCGGAGGAACUGCGGGAAGGUUAUUGGCACCCAGACCUUGGCCGUUUGCAUAGCGAGUGCCCGAGAGUCCCGCAAGCUGAAUUCUUGCCCUCAGGACUGCUCGGAGCUGUACGAACCCGUGUGCGGCUCCAACGGCGAGGUGUACCUCAACGAGUGCUUCUUCAAGAAGGAGACCUGCGGGAGCAAGGAGCCCGUGCAAAUGGCGCCUUUGAGCCGAUGCCUGGAGCCCCCCAAGUGCCCCAAACGCUGCCUACCCAUAUUGGACCCUGUUUGCGGCUCAGAUGGACAGCGAUACCUCAACCACUGCCGCAUGCAGCAGAGAAACUGCGGCCGGAAUGUCGUCGUGAUGCCAAAAAGUUUCUGCUCGUGACCAAGUCUAUGAUCGUCUUGUUUUCUUUUUGUUUGGUUACCAUUUUACGAGAUUCAAUAAAACGUUUUUUUCG